GAAUUACCUGCAGAUAGAAGCAAUAUUUUAGAGAGCGAACGACGGCAGAAAACCACAAGUCCACAGCGGGAGGUGCGUUUCAUUUGAACAAGUGUUUAGCAGUCGAAAGCUGAAUGAGAAUUACUCAUGGAUUAAGCUCUGAGAAAUGUGUGAAUGGUCGUCAACAUCCAUGGCAAAUUCCACCGCGGCAUUUGUAAACAGAGCACGGGAGAGGGAGCACACUCCGGUCUCCGGUCUAAUUGGACAUUCAUUAUGCGCGGCUAGAAACCGUUCAGCCAGAUAUUAACUAAUAAAAACCUCAGUAAAAGUGCAAAAAGUGAAUAACAACAAUAAAAGAUCGUUUGCGGAUUUGUAACAAUACAAAAACAAACAUUAUUAACAGUUCCAUGUGAGAUGAGCAUUCGCACAGAUGAUUGUGUCCGGGAGCAUGUCGAAGAGGGUGUCGGUGCUAGCUGCAUUAAGUUUUACGAUUUUAUUGCUGCUAGUUGUGGUUGUUCUGGUGGUCCGAGGGAGUUCGUGUGGUGGACUGAACGACUGUGAUCCCUUCAAAGCGGUUUGCGCAUCGACCAGGAACGAACAUCAAUUCUUCUACAGCCAGUGUGACAUGAUCCGUGACAAUUGUUUGACAGGAAAAGAUUGGAAACUUGAUCAUUUCUCCCACUGCAAUGUAAACGUCUGAGGGCAUGCGUUGCAUACGUAGCUGUCCAUUCCUAUGCCAAAGUAUUUUACCAAAAACAACUGUUGAAUCUUCAAAGACAUUUUACAAAAACCAAUAUUUUUGAAAACUAAUAUUGUUGCCCGCUGCCGAAACUAACAAGAACAUUUUAAAAUAAUAAAAAAGUGAACCAUGGAAGAAUGAAAAAAAGCUAUUCUUAUUUUUUCAAAUGUAUAACUUUGUCGAAAUAAAUCCAUUGUAUUUACACAAAUCGGAGAUAGGAACCUGUUUCCCAUCACUGUCAAAAUUGACAAAGUAUAUUUCAACAAAUCCCAAUAUCACAAUACAAUUCUAAUUCGAUUUAACAAUGUCCGCCUUUCGGUCUGAUCAAUAGAUACCAAUCUUUUUAGUGUUUUGAAAUUUUUAACUUCAUUGUCCAACACAUACAGGGUGAGUUGAAAAAACUGCAACCAACUCUAGACUGCUGUCAUUUCCAAGCCACUCGUCCGACAGCUGUUCAAAUUAUUCCAAUGACAGCUCAUUAUAUUGUUUACAAGAGUACAAAAGCAUUUUGGUGAGAAUUUUCCAGAAAAAAGUUAUUCCUGAUGGAAUUCAAGCGACUUGAUCGAAACCCGCGUCGCAGUGGCCCGUGAGCUGAACAUAUCGCUAUAUUCCAUUCGGUAAAGCCGUCGAAAUUCCAAAAAGUGCAAGAACUUGCAUCGCAACAGAAAGAAAUAGACUCAAAAGAGCUAAAGAGUUGCUUCGCUUGGCCGAAAGUGGUGAACUGCGAAAUUUGGUUUUCUCCGAUGAGAAAAUAUAACAGCCGAUCGUAUUAAUCAACCAUGGCAUCAGAAAAAAUGUCGAAUAUUAUCGUGAAAAUAUUCUGGAGGGUGUAUAAAAGCCUUGGGCACCCAAAUAUUUAGGCCGUCGACUUUGGACAUUUCAACAGGACUCAGCACCAUCGCACUCAGAACGCACUACCCAAGAAAGGUUACAAAACGAGGUUCCUCGCUUCAGUUCCAGCGCACAAUGGCCAUCAAAAUCUGCAGAUACCAAUCCGUUGGACCAUUGUGUCCAGAGUAUUUUGGAAAGCAAGGUUGACACUAAAAAAUAUCAAAGUGUCGAUCACCUCAAGCAAGCGCUUCGCCGGGAGUGGGCCAAAAUACCGCAGAGUAACAUUCGGGCUACUUCCUACAUUUUUUGC